AUGAAUUGCGCUGGUUGUAAUACAAUCUGCAAGCCGGGGCCGCGGCUGCUGAAUUGUCAUGCCUGCGAUGGAAUCUAUCACAUUGAAUGCCUUAAUAUUAAGCAGCAACAAUAUUCGUCACUGACAGAAGAAUUUAAGGCAGCCUGGAAAUGCCCUCGUGCAAUAAUGUUACCCGUCGUGGACAAUCCAACUUGCUUAAGCCCGUGCGAUACACUAACUGUAUUCAAGGAGAAUAUCAAGAGCUCACUACAUGACUGGCGAGAUGAGAUGGAGGCGAGUAUAACUAAACUUAAUGAUGAUUUAAAAUUUGCUUUGAAUGGAUUCAGGGAGGAGAUAUGCACCCUUCGUGCUGAACAUGAGCGUCUAAAGCAUCAAACUGUUGAUAUAUCCCAUGAUGUCUCAGAAUUAAAAGCAUCCAUGCAGUUUCUUUCUGGGGAACAAGACGAUUUCAAAAAAAAGUGGACGGCACAAUACGUCAAUCUACCGACCAAUCUAGCCUAA